AUGUCGAGCCGGUUUCCCAAGCCCAAGUUGGGCCCCGUCCUUCUGACCGGCGGCAAUGGGUUUGUGGCCUACCAUAUAAUUGCAAAAAUCCUUUCCGAGGAGCCUAAUUGCAUCAUCCACUCACUUGACGUGAACGUCGACCGUAACCGCCAUCCCAAUUCAAAUGUUCACUACCACCAGGCCGAUCUCGCCUCUGCAGCGGAUGUUGAGCGUGUGAUGCAGAUAGCGCGACCGGUCACCAUUUUCCAUACCGCAUCGCCCGAAUUCUCCAACGCGCCAGUAUCCUCCUACUACCACACCAUCGUUGAUGGCACCGAACACCUCCUCAAGGCCGCGAUCAACGUGAGGACCGUGCGAGCUUUGAUCAACACAUCGACCCCCGGCGUCAUCAAUGACAACCACUCCGAUUUGAUCGACGCUACGGAAGACUUGCCAAUUCUACGCUAUCCGCAACAGAAGCGAAUAUACUGCCUUGCCAAAGCUGACGCCGAGGAAGCCAUACAAGCUGCCAAUCGCAACGGCGGUCAUGACGAUAGGGGGUUGCUCACCUGUUCAAUAAGGCCUGGUCUUGUUUUUGGCGAGCACGAUGCCGGCAGUUUGGGCAAGAUGUUCGCUGUCGCCCGGCAAGGCCGGUCGAAGUUCCAGAUCGGUAACGGUCAAAAUUCGUACGACUUCGUAUAUGUCGGUAAUCUUGCAGAUGCUCAUCUACUGGCCGCCCACGUUCUACUUGAGACCUGGGGCAAGCCUCGCCCCACAGAUUCUACUGUCCGGGUGGACGGCGAGGUUUUCAACAUUACUAAUGAUGAUCCUUGGCUUUUCUGGGAUUUUCAGCGCGCGGUUGCCUCUGAGACCGGUAAUCCCGUUCUUCCCGAGCAUAUUAUCACCAUUCCAAAAUGGCUGGGAUUGACCAUGGGAUUUGUAAGUGAGUGGGUAGUAUGGGCGAUCUCAGGUGGCACUCGGGCCCCGAAUAUGACUCGUGAGGGCAUUCGUUUUAGCACGCUGAUCCGUACGCUGAACAUCAAUAAGGCUAAACAAGUGCUGGGGUAUCGCCCCCAAGUGAACAUGCAGGAAGGUAUUCAACUAGGUGUGCGUUGGUUUAAGGAGCAGGCCAAAAAAGACACGUAA